UAAAAUUCCUUCUCUCUGUAUAAUAGCCAUUCUGUCUGUCUCUGUCCCUCUGUCUGUCUCUGGUGUCUAGUGAUACCACACCUUCAUACAGCCAUGUCAGAUGUAGAAGAGGAGUACGAGGAGCAGGAGGCUGAAGAGGAGCCUGAGCCUGAGGAACAGGAGGAGACUGAGCACGCAGAGGAGGAGAGAGGAGACGGGCCAUCAGAGCACCAUGAGUACCAAGUUGCUCCAUCAGAUCAAGAUGCCCAGGAGGAAGAGGAGCGCCCCAAACCCAAACCUAUGGUGCCUCAACUUGCCCCUCCAAAGAUUCCUGAGGGGGACAGGGUGGAUUUUGAUGACAUCCACAGAAAGCGUAUGGAGAAGGACUUACUGGAGCUGCAUACUCUGAUCGACGUCCACUUUGAUCAGAGGAAGAAAGAUGAGGAAGAACUUAUCAGCCUCAAGGAACGAAUCGAGCGUCGUCGGUCUGAGAAAGCUGAGAUCCUGAGGGUCAGAGCAGAGAAGGAGAAGGACAGACAGAACAAGAUUGCGGAGGAACGUCACAGAAAAGAGGAAGAGGAAGCCAAGAAGAAGGCUGAUGAUGACAUCAAGAAGAAGAAAGUGCUGUCUGGCAUUGGAGCCAACUUUGGAAGCUUCUUGGCCAAGGCCGAGACGAGGAGGGGAAAGCGUCUGACAGGCAGAGAGAUCAAGAAGAAGACUCUGUCCGAGAGAAGAAAGUCGCUAGACAUCGAUAAUUUGAGGGAGGAUGCGCUCAAGCAACGGGCUCAGGAGAUGUGGAAUUGGAUCUACCAGCUGGAAUCUGACAAGUUUGACUUCAUGGAGUACAUGAAGCACCAGAAAUAUGAGAUCACCGUGCUGCUGAACAGAAUCCAACAUGCUCAGAAAUUUAAAAAGAUCCAUGGCAAAGGCAAGGUGGGCGGUCGCUGGAAGUAAAGGGGGGGG